AUGGAUAAUCAAUCAGAUACGGUUUAUUAUUCACCUAUUCCAAUGAACAGCUCUCAAUUUGUUCAAAAAGUUCUACCGUUCAGUUUGCUUUUUAUGGUCGGAGCUUUAGGAAAUACUGGAGUUUUAUGCUAUGUGUUUUUUAUAACAAGGUUUGUCGAGAAAAAAUCAGAAGAAGCCUAGAAAAAAAUCAGAUAGCAUUUUUUUCAAUUAGGUCACUUUUCUAUUAGUGUGUAUAUUUUUAGCCACCGGAUGUGCACUUCUUGAAAGCUAUUUACUUGUAUUAUUAUGUGUUCCCGGAAAAAUUGCAAAAUAAGAAGACUACCGUUUUCAGAAUAAUAAUUGAAUUUUUGAUGAUUUUAUGGAAUUUGUUAGUUAUUUGGUUAAAAAUAGUACAUCAUGUAAAUGACAUGGGGUUUAUUUUAGUUCCGAUGUGACUAGGAUAAACAUUUUUUAUUGAAUCAUGCACUCUAAUGAAAGGAAUUGUAAAAGUUUUACGAUGAAUUAAAGUUAAUUGCCAGUUGAUUUUCAACCUCAAACUCUCAAGUAUCGAGCUCCAGAAAAAGUGCUUAAUUUUCAGAUCUCUAAAAUCAUCUGUCACUGCUUUGGGCAACACUUUCAUCUACAUUGUUGCUCUUUGUGCAGUUGAUCUUUUGGUAACAUGUUCCAUCCCUUUGUCAUUAUCUCAUACAAUAUUGAACAAUUGGAUAUUUGGAGAUUUUGGAUGUAAACUUCAUUGGGCGCUCGAACUCUCGAAUAAGGUACUGAACUCUGAUCAUUUCACAUUUUUUUUGUUGUUGGAAAGAAAUCAGAAAAGAAUAACCCUACAUCAUUAGUCUUUUCUUUUCCAUCGUCCAAUGAUUAUUGGAGUUUUUCCGUUUCGCCUAUGAAAAUGUAUGAAAAAAUACAUUUAAUUAUACAUUUUUGCAUUCUGAGAACGAAACGCGUCUAACACGGAAGCACCAUUUCCGAUCCACCAUGUUUUUUGAGAAAAAUUCAAUUUGCUACUUUUUUCACAAAAUUCAAUUUGCACUUUCAAAGAGAAAUGAAUUACAAAAGAAACAAGUUGGACUUGGUUGAGUUAAGUGGAUUUGUGUUUCAUUUCAGAUGUGCUCGACGUUCAUCUUGACCGCAUUGGCGUUUGAUCGAUAUAUGGCAAUUUGUCAUCCGGAGAACAAAAGAGUGGGGAAAAUUGGUUUGAACUUUUUUUUGAACAAAUACGUGUGUUUUUAGAUUCAUGGAAUGCGACAAACAAUAUUGAUCACCACAGUUUCUGCAGUUUUGUCAUGUUGUUUGAUUUGCCCAGUUGUGGUUUGUGCAAAAACCCGUACAAUUCCAAUGAAUAGUGGAUAUUUGGAUAAGAAUGGGGUAACUUAAUUAUUAUUUCGAGUCAUUUUGAAUCCAGAUAUUUAGAAAUGAAUACAAAAAGUAAUUUUUGCCUUAAUAAUUCCAGAAGGAAAAUAUUAGGGUGCAAAAUGGCUAUUUUUGAAUUUGUUGCGUGACCUUGUUUUUUUCUAUUUAAUUUCUAACUCUCAUUUUUUUGCAAUGAUUUCUUAGCCUAUGAGCACCCAGAGUUAUUAUUAUCUAUUUUUAGUACACCCUUUCUUUCCACUCUGCGAAACAUAUUAUAUACACAUAACUCGAAAAAAGGCGUAAACAAGUAGAUAUUUGCUAUGCAUAAAGGUCAUUAUUCCAGGAAUAUCACCCGAUUGCACGAACAAUAUGUUAUGAUGGACUUGGUAAAGAAUCAAGAGUUUUCAUAAUGAUUAUCUUGUUUAUUUUUGCGUUUCUUUUGCCGUGCACAUUGCUUACCUAUUUCUACGCCAAAAUUGUGUUUCGAUUAAGAAGACAAAAACGAACAAUGUUGCAAUCAAGGAUUCCAUUGAGAAGAAUUACUAUUUACACAAUGGCGGCCACAUUUUUCUAUUUGGCUUGUCAAAUUCCUUACUGGUUGCCUCAAGUUUACGGUGUAUAUUUUUCAAUCUUCGGAAACAGUAUCAAAGUCACCGCUUUGGAUUUUCUCUAUUAUACCCAUAUUUUCCCAUUUGUCUCGACUUCAUUCAACUGGAUAUUUUAUGCGAGAUUGAAUAGUCAAUUCAAGAAAGGAUUGAUCUUGGUUACUGAAAGAAUGAUCAGAAAAAGAACAAGGUUUGAAUUUGAAUUCAUGUUUUCUCAAUAAAAAUAUUCUUCAAUGUCUAGAUCCCUUCAACAGCAACGCGAUGGUUUUAGUGACGCUGCUCUUGAAUUAACAAGUAGAUAUGAUGAUGUUCCACUUAUGUGUCCGAAUUGCGAAGCACAACUUUCUAUUCGAUCAAACAGCAAUGGCAAAAAGUGUUAA